AUGUUCAGCGUGUUGUGUUUUAAGGUUUUGAGGAAAAUGCAGAGACGGCAUAGCAGCAACACUGACAACCUUCCUCCUGAAAGAAACCGGAGCCAAACAGUCAGUUCUGAAACGAGCGUGGAUGAAAGUGGAGUUUUUGAAAGUCUGAAGGCUGAAGCUUCCUCACCACAACAGCUGUUCUCAGGCCUGGCAGGUAUCCCAUCGGGCACCAUCACAGCCACACCGUUCCAGUCAGGUUUGGUUCUGGGCUCUUCAGCAGGAGGUGGGGAAGUAUUCAUUCAGAUGCCAGCCCCAAGGGAGGAAGGGACCAGUCGUACAGAAGGAGCCCCAUUUCACCACCGGCAAUCGUCCCAUCAUUUCCACCACGGCCAUCACCGGGGUUCAUCUCUACUGCACAUGGCAGGAGGGGACCGCCAUGGGCAUGCUGAGGAAGGCAGUGAUGAACAGGCUGGGACUCCAGCCCCAGCUCUUUCAGAGUUAAAAGCUGUGAUUGGUUGGCUGCAGAAAGGACUUCCCUUCAUCUUGAUCCUCCUGGCUAAAGUUUGUUUCCAGCAUAAGCUUG